CCAGCCUGCCACGAAACUCGUUCAACUGGCUCCUAAAUGAGCACGUAGCCUAACGCUACUGUUCCCACGACAGUGUGAAUACGUCAGCCUUUUUAUAUCGGGGAACUUCUCAUGCACGUCGGUGUAACUUUACCCAAAGAGUAAUUUAGGCUAACAUGACAAAAAUUCUGUUAGCUUACAGCGUUGUUAAAUCUCUGAGGCGAGGAUGUGUGGUGGGCAGAAGAGUAGGAAACACCUCUGCGUGGCUGAGACUUCAAACGUCUAAACAUUUUAGCGUGAAGGCCAAGACUGCCCACCUGGUCUUGGAGGAUGGCACCAGGAUGAAGGGGUUUUCUUUUGGGCAUGAUACCUCUGUAGCCGGGGAACUCGUCUUCAAUACUGGCCUGGUCGGGUAUCCUGAGUCCCUGACGGACCCCAGCUACAGAGGUCAGAUCCUGACCUUAACCUUCCCAAUUGUGGGAAAUUACGGGGUUCCCAACAGCGAGGAGGUGGACGAGUUAGGCCUGAGAAAACAUGUGGAGUCGGAACGCAUUCAGGUAACUGGUCUUCUUGUUCAAGACUACAGUCACGAGUACAGCCACUGGAACUCUGUCAAGUCUUUGGGACAAUGGCUACAAGAAGAGAAGGUUCCUGCUCUGUUUGGAAUAGACACCAGAAUGCUGACCAAGAUCAUCAGAGAUAAGGGCACAGCUUUGGGGAAGAUUGAGUUUGAUGGACAGCCUGUUGAGAUAUUUGACCCCAACCUGAAAAACCUAAUAGAAGAAGUCUCAACCAAGGAAAUCAAAGUUUUUGGAAAAGGAAACCCAAUAAAAGUGGUGGCUGUAGAUUGCGGUAUUAAACAUAACAUUAUUCGUCUGCUGGUUAAGAGGGGUGCAGAGGUCCACCUCGUACCGUGGGAUCAGGAUUUGCAGAGUCUAGACUAUGAUGGCCUCUUCAUCUCCAAUGGACCAGGAGAUCCGUCUCUGGCCAAGACACUCAUCCACAAUGUCCGCAAGGUGGUGGAGAGUGAUCGUCCCCAGCCAGUGUUUGGGAUCUGUAUGGGCAAUCAGAUCACUGCCCUGGCUGCAGGAGCUAACUCGUAUAAGCUACCUAUGGGCAACAGAGGCCAGAACCAGCCGGUGCUGAAUGUGAUGACGGGCCAGGCCUUCAUUACAUCACAGAACCAUGGCUACGGCAUAGACAGCGAGUCCCUGCCCCCAGGGUGGAGCCCUCUUUUCACCAACGCCAAUGAUGGCACCAAUGAGGGCAUCAUGCACACCAGUAAGCCUAUUUUCACGGCCCAGUUCCACCCAGAAGCUAAAGGCGGUCCCACUGACACAGAGUUUCUCUUUGAUGUCUUCAUGUCUCUGAUCAAGAAAGGAAAAGACGGCAAUGUAGUUUCAGUCAUGCCUAAAGCACCACACAUUCCUCCUAGAGUUCAGGUGUCAAAGGUGCUCAUACUGGGUUCUGGUGGCCUCUCUAUUGGUCAGGCUGGAGAGUUUGACUACUCUGGAUCUCAGGCCAUUAAGGCCUUGAAGGAAGAAAACCUGAAGACCGUGCUCAUGAACCCAAACAUAGCCUCCGUUCAGACCAAUGAAGUGGGCACCAAGCAGGCCGACAAGGUCUACUUCUUGCCUGUCACUCCACAAUUUGUAACGGAAGUCAUCAAGAUAGAGCGUCCAGAUGGCAUCCUGCUCUCCAUGGGUGGACAGACUGCACUCAACUGCGGAGUUGAGUUGUUCCAGUCUGGUGUCCUGGAGCAGUACGGGGUAAAGGUGCUAGGAACUCCGGUGGAGUCCAUCAUGGCCACAGAGGACAGACAACUUUUUUCUGACAAACUGAUGGAGAUUAAUGAGAAGAUUGCACCCAGUUUUGCUGUGGAGUCAGUAUCCGAUGCCUUGAAAGCUGCAGAGGUGAUUGGUUACCCGGUGAUGUUACGGUCGGCCUACGCCCUUGGAGGGCUCGGAUCUGGUCUGUGUGCCAACAAAGAAAAGCUGGAGGAAACUGCAAGUCAGGCUCUGGUUAUGAGCAAACAGAUUCUGGUGGAGAAGUCUUUGAUGGGCUGGAAGGAGGUGGAAUAUGAGGUGGUGAGAGACGUGGCUGAUAACUGCGUCACCGUCUGCAACAUGGAGAAUUUUGAUCCGCUGGGCAUUCACACAGGUGACUCCAUAGUCGUGGCUCCUAGCCAGACAUUGUCCAACGAAGAGUACCACAUGCUCCGGGAGACGGCCAUCAAAGUGGUUCGUCACCUUGGCAUUAUAGGCGAAUGCAACAUCCAGUAUGCCCUAAACCCGCUGUCCCUGGAGUACUGCAUCAUCGAGGUUAACGCCCGGCUCUCCAGAAGCUCUGCUCUGGCUUCCAAAGCCACUGGGUAUCCCUUGGCUUUUGUUGCAGCCAAGCUGGCUUUGGGUAUCCUGCUACCCGAGAUCAAGAACGCUGUAUCGGAGAAGACCACAGCCUGCUUUGAACCCAGUCUAGACUACAUCGUCACCAAGAUCCCCCGCUGGGACCUGGACCGCUUUCAGGGCAUGUCCCAUGAAAUAGGCAGUGCCAUGAAGAGUGUUGGAGAGGUGAUGGCAGUUGGCCGGACCUUUGAGGAGAGUGUGCAGAAGGCCCUGAGGAUGUGUCAUCCAUCAGUGGAUGGCUUCGUGCCCCGGCUGCCACUCAAGAAAGCUUGGGCUGACCCCCAGGACCUGCAACAGGAGCUGGCAGUGCCCUCCAUCACCCGCAUCUUUUCCAUCGCGAAGGCCCUUCACAGUGGAAUGAGUGUUGAUCAGAUCCACCAGCUAACAGCCAUAGAUAAGUGGUUCCUCCACAAACUCAAAAGGAUAACGCUGCUGGAGCAGCACCUGGAAAACUUCAACAGUUGCACAGUAUCCAAGGAGCUUCUGCUGAAGGCUAAGCAGGACGGCUUCUCAGACCGGCAGCUUGGUCAGAUACUGGGCUCCAGUGAGAAAGAAGCCAGAGAGCUGAGGCUCACUCACGGCAUCAGACCCUGGGUCAAACAGAUUGACACCUUGGCAGCAGAGUAUCCAGCCAUGACCAACUACCUCUAUUGUACCUAUCAUGGUCAGGAGAAUGAUCUGGACUUUAAAGACCAUGGAAUUAUGGUUCUUGGUUGUGGGCCCUAUCACAUUGGGAGCAGUGUUGAGUUUGACUGGUGUGCGGUGUCGAGCAUCCGAGCUUUGAGACAGAUGGGUAAGAAGACGGUGGUGGUGAACCACAACCCGGAGACGGUCAGCACCGACUUUGACGAAUGUGACCGCCUUUACUUUGAGGAGUUAACGCUGGAACGCAUCCUUGACAUCACCCAACAGGAGGGUUGCUCUGGCAGCAUUGUGUCAGUCGGAGGCCAGAUCCCCAACAACCUUGCUGGACCGUUGCAUCUCAGUGGGGUGAAGAUUCUGGGGACGAGCCCCCUGCAGAUCGACCGAGCUGAGGAACGCUCUGUCUUCUCAAGUAUCCUCGAUGACCUCGGGGUGAACCAAGCCCCAUGGAGGGCCCUCAGCUCCCUGGAAGAGGCCAUCACCUUUGCCAACCACGUGGGCUACCCCUGCCUGCUGCGCCCCUCUUAUGUUCUCAGUGGCUCUGCAAUGAAUGUUGUGUAUGGAGAAGAGGAGAUGAAACGCUUCUUGGAGGAGGCCACUCAGGUGUCCCAGGAGCAUCCCGUGGUCAUUACCAAGUUCAUUUGCGGUGCCAGGGAGGUCGAGGUGGAUGCAGUCGCCAAAGGUGGCAAGGUUCUGGUCCAUGCCAUAACGGAGCAUGUUGAAGAUGCUGGGGUACACUCAGGAGAUGCCACCAUAAUAUUACCAACCCAGUCUAUUAGCCAGGGGGCAAUAGAAAAGGUCAAGAUUGCCACACGGAAAAUUGCGCAGGAAUUUGAGAUUUCGGGCCCCUUCAACACUCAAUUUCUGGUUAAAGGCAAUGAUGUCAUGGUGAUCGAGUGUAAUCUGCGAGCAUCACGCUCCUUCCCUUUUGUAUCAAAAACAAUUGGUGUGGACUUUAUCAAUGUGGCAACCAAAGUGAUGGUGGGAGAGCCUUUGGAUGAGGCCAGCCUGCCCUCUCUGGAGAAUCCUUUCAUACCUGUAGAUUACGUCGGCAUCAAGGCACCCAUGUUCUCCUGGCCACGGCUGAGGGAUGCGGACCCUGUGCUUCGCUGUGAGAUGGCCUCCACUGGAGAAGUAGCUUGUUUUGGACCAAACAUUUACUCUGCCUUUCUGAAGGCUAUGCUCUCCACAGGCUUUAAGCUCCCACAGAAAGGCAUCCUGAUUGGGAUUCAGCAUUCCUUCCGACCCAAUUUCCUGGCUAUCGCCCACCAGCUGAAAGAGGAAGGAUUCAAGCUCUUUGCUACUGAAGCCACUUCUGCCUGGCUGUGCGUCAACGACGUGCCUGCUACUCCAGUUGCUUGGCCAUCUGAUAAAGGAGAAAGCAGUUUGCCCAGUAUUAAGAGGCUUAUCAGUGACGGUCAUAUAGACCUGGUGGUCAACUUGCCCAAUAACAACAGUCGCCAUCUGAAGGAUAACUUCGUCAUCCGUAGAAUGGCUGUGGACCACAAUGUUCCCCUCAUCACCAAUCAUCAGGUGGUGAAGCUGUUUGCAGAGGCGAUCCACUAUGCAGGUAAACUCGACGCGACCAGCCUCUUCCACUACCGACAGAAAGAAAAGCGACAAAAAGGGCUUAACUAGCAGAGCUGAAGCUUCCUUCCAUUGCCGUUGGUUUCCUUUGUAAAACUGGGAGCAAAUGCAUCACAAUACAGUUGCUUCAAAAAUACUGUUUUACUCUCCCAUGGUGUCGAGGAGUGGAGUUAUUUCCGUGUGUGGAGUUGUUGUCUAACGGUAGUUACCCAAAACACAACAAUAAACAACCGUGGUUUAGUAAAAUACAUUUGAAAUGUUUAUUCGUUGUAACUGUUGACAGACCAAGAUGGGGACAGGACAUGCUUAUAUAAAUGUUAAACAUAUAAAUAGGCUUUUUGCAAAUAAUUUAAGUACGUCUGGAAUAAUAAAUUCUGACAGACCUUUCCAGGAAACCUCCCGAAAAACUAAAACUAAAAAACUAAAGUGUCAUGUUGGGGAUGAACAUGGACCAAAGAAAAGUUUCACAACCCGAAUAUCCAAAGGUUGUUGUGAAUGAAGGAUUAUAAGUGAGCCACAAAGUGUUGAAGAAUAGCUCAUAACCCCCUUAAAAAGGUGACUUAUUAUAAAGUGGUACUAGGGAUGGUGUUUUUUUUGGUUGCUUUUUCACUUUAAUUUGUGAUCGGUACUUUAUCAGGUAAUGUGAUCUAAUGACAUGUUCUCCACUACUCUGCUCUCCCUCGGCUCGUUUAAAAACGGGUUGGGCAGUUUCGAUUAUGUUUAUUUGGUCCCAAUUUAAUAUUUUGUAAUUAUGGAAAUAUAUGAUGUACUACUAUGCAUGACGCCUAAAGAACCUUAAAAGUAACUGUAAUGAAGGAUGUUUUGUAGCAGUUGUUUGUGCUGUACAACAAUGUCUUAAACAAAAGUCUUAUCUCGCAUAACAUCUGCCUGUGUCUGUGUAUGUGAGCGCUGUUUGCACUGGACAUGAAUUAAAGUGGCAAUCUUUUGGAUUUUCAUUAAA